UGCAUAAUAACUCUUUAAGAGUUAGGUGCCAACGAGAGCUGUGCGUAGUACGCACCUCCUUUUCUGGUUGAGAUUGAACUUGAAACCCACGCAAUAAAUAAAAAGGAAAAAAAAAGGAAAAGCACAAAAGAAAUUCUGAUUUUUUUAUUGCUCACAAACCCUAAACUUUGUUUUCUUCCUUAAUUCACAGAACAUAAGCUCUAAAUCUUGUGGAGAAGCAUAAUCACAAAGAAAUUGAUAGAAAGCCCCUUCUUGUGGAGGUCGAAUUUCGCUCCCUUAUUGAGGAAGGUUUUAGAUACUGGGAUCUUUUGAAUAUCUAGCGGCAAUGAGAUUCAAGAAGGGGAGCAAGGUGGAGGUACUAUGCAAAAAGGAAGUACCACUAGGGGCAUGGCGUUGUGCCGAGAUUAUCUCAGGUAAUGGGCACUCUUAUAGUGUCAUGUAUGAUUGGUCUUCAUCCAUGGAAAACGAGGUGUUUAUGGACAGAGUCUUGAGGAAGGCUAUUAGGCCUUGCCCUCCUCCCGCCAGAAGUGUGGAGAAUUGGGCAGUUGGUGAUGUUGUAGAGGUUCUUGAUAUUUGUUCAUGGAAAAUAGCCACAAUUUUGAAGGUAUUGGAUGGGGCUCGUUGCUUGGUCAGGCUGCUUGGAUCUUGUCUGGAGUUCACUGUCCACCAAUCUAAAAUCAGGAUUCGUCAAACUUGGAAAGAUGACAGAUGGAUUGUAUUUGAAAAGGGUUCUGGGAGUUCUGAAGUCAUGAAAUCCAACAACUUGGAUAAUUUGAAUUGCUGUAAGGUUCGACAGGUUGAUACAAGAAUAAAGAUACCGGCUUCAAAUGAUUGUUUAGCUCUUGAGGAGAACAUUGGGUUCCAAGAUUCUCAUUUCAUCUCAUCGAGGUCGUUGAAGAGAGCAUCUCCUUUUUGUUCUUCUUAUAUUGAAGCAUAUCCUAGUAAACUCAGAGCAAUUGAGAAACGAAGUGAGUGUCAACAAGUGCUUUCCAGGUCCCCAUCUUCCUUGCUCAAAAAGGGAACAAAUGUAACUUGGAAACCAUGUAUCAAACAUCUUAUAAAGAAAUGGAUAUAUCAGGUUCUUCAUGGUGCUGUUUACUCUUUUUCUGUAUUUGCCCCCAUUGUUCUGGUGGUUUAUGGGCCAAAGUUGGAGGCUUGCUUGCCUAGCUUCCAAAGGUCAUGAGAUGAUGCUGGGGUUUGCCAUCUUGCACCUGGCACAAAGAAUGGGAUGUUAUCUACAUUCAAUUUUCUACAUAUUUGGCAAUUUAUAGCCAGCAAGUGGUAUCAAUAUUUUCUGCUUUUGAAUGAUGCAUUUCAAUUUUGGUUUGGCUUGGAAUUGACGAUGCUUCUUGUGCCUAAAGUAACGUAAACUUUGAAAAUGCUGCUAGGAUAAUCCUGACAUGGAAUGUCUUUUUGUCAAACUCAGAAUUUAGAUAAUGCACAUUGCCACAUAUCAUGCUUAAUGAGUAUGUUUUCUUUUUUACUUGUUAUUUCUCCCAAUGAAUGUUUGACUAGUACCAAGGGAGAUAUAUUUUUAAAGUGGCUUAAUGUGUUAUCACAAACUGCACUUUUUCGUGUAUCUAUAUCGAAGAACUGGGAUAUAUUUUAAUUGGCUUCUCCUACUGUAGUGCUAUCCAUUUUCACUAUAGUUUUUAAAAUUCCACAUCCCAAAUUGUGUUUGCUGUCUGACAUUAUUUAUGUUAAGAAUAGUAUAAUUAUUUAUUUUAAGAAUUACUAUUUUAAAUUGCUGAAAUUGUAUAAAUGUUGGUGAUGGGAUGAUAGAUUCUAUUCAAGUGUUUUGUACCAUAAUUUUUUUGGUAUGCAUCAAAUUGAAAUAGUUGCCUUUUGAAAUUGAGGAAUCAAAUAUGUGGAAGGUUCAGGAGAAAUAAAAGGGCACUUACAUUUCUUCAGGAGGUAGUCCAAACAAGUUACUGGGACAUUAUCAAAAAAUCUUUAUCAUCUAUACAAAAAUGUCUUGUGCAAUGCAUUUAUUCAUAACCUAUGCGCAAAAUGGGAUGAAAGAAAAUUUUUUGCAUGGAAAUAUAGUCAUGUGAUUGUACAAAUUUGAUAAUUUAUAAAUGUAAUUGUUAAAUUUCACUUGCAGAAAAAUGAAAAUUUUAUCUUCUUGUACAAGUCCUUAGAAGAUCGUCGAACUUGAAUAAAGGAAUUUGAGUUGUGGUAUGGAAUGCUUUUAAUGAAUGUUUAAGCUACAAUUAAAUGCAACAACAGACUUACGGAAAGAAGGAUUUUGCAGACUAUGUGCGGUUUUGUUUUUCCUAAUGGCUUCAUUUUCAAGAAUCUGACUCGGAUAAGAGCUUCAACUUACCAAUGGUGAGUUAUCUCUAUGUGUAUAUAUGAGCACACAAUUUGUUGUUGUUGUUCCCCCUCUUCUCUUCUCUUCUCCUUUUAUAUCUAUUUAAUUUUGACAAUUUUAUGGUUUGCAAAAUAUGUUUGUUUGGAUCUUUAGAUGAUCUUGGAAACUUGCUACAAGAGAUUACAGGCUUGGGAUGUUAAAUAACUUGGGAAAUUUAUAUUUACUUUUUGCCUCUUUUCUAGACAUGGGUAUGGUUGGUCAGGUGUUUUAAUUAUUCUUUUCUCUUUUUUUUUUCUUUUUUUUUUUUUUUUUUUUUUUAAUUAAUGUAUUAACUGUUUUGCGUGGAAAUAUGCUAAUUGAUGAGUUUGUGUUGGUUGAUGUUAUGACAUGAAUGCGUUUGGUCAGAAAUAAGUAUUCAGGUGAUUGUCAUUUCUUUCUGGCUUUGUUAGAUUGCUGAAUGGUAGGCCUAAAGAAGACAACUGAACUAUCAAAAUGGUGUGUAAGACUGUAAUUGUCAAACUAAGUUAACUAAUAGGACAUAAUUGUGUUUACUUUAACUCAUCUGUUGGGAAAGAUGAAGGUAAAAAUCUCAGUUUUCUAUUAACCUUUUGUCCCCAUAUUUUUUAUUCAUAAAAGAAGUCUGUGUACUUUAGAUUUCUAGUUUCUUUUUCAUUCGAAGUAGAGAUGGUAAAGAGAAAUGUAUUUUUAGAGCCAUCUCAUAAUAAACUUGUUUCAAGAAGCAUUUGCAUAUUAUUAGGGAUAUGGAAGACAUUUUAUUGUCUUCCUUUUGCAGCAGGAAUCUUACUUCUUCAGUUGAUGAAAGUCCAUGUAGUUUAUUUGUUUAACUCGUGGGACCAAAUGAUGCUCUUAUUCUGCUUCAUCAAGUAAAUGACAAUUUGAUCCUAGUUUUCAGAGAGAUUGUUUUGUCAUGGAGUUUAUUUUCUAAAAUUCCACUUGGGUACUGCUUGUACAGCAUUUGGAAACCUUGUGCAAAUUUACAAAGGGAAAGAUGCAGGAAGAAGCGUUUGUACCAUUUGUGUUUGCAACCUACCCUUCUGCUAAUUGUUGCUUGUGAUACGGUCUCCAAGUGAGGAUAAGCAUGUCUUUAGACGUCUAUUUGAACUUGGAAUGAGGUUAUUCUGUUUUAGAGAACUGUAAUGGAGUAUCAGGUGCAAUUUUUGACUGUAAAGAUAUCCUUUCAUUUGUUGUUCAUUAAAAGUGCGUUUUGGCAUUUCAAUGGAUGCCGAAUGUAUCAAAUAAUUGAAUAAAUUAUUAUAUACAAAAAAGAAAAUAUUUCAUCUA